CAAACCAACUUCACCGCGUUAUGGACAUCUUGAAAAGAGCCCGUUUUCACCGGGUUACCGCUCCACAUCCUGCCAUGGGGGUCACUGCCCUUUUUCUGCUCAGCAGUCUUGGCUUUUCCGUCACUGCUCAAGCUCAACAAUGCUCUAAACCCUUCGGAGGACCCAACAUGGAUUUGAAACCCGACUACAUCACUCAGACAACAUUUGCAGAUGGAGCCACUGUUGCUUUUUCCUGUCAUCCUGGCUACACACCUGCUGGAGGAUCUGCAACCAUCACAUGCAUCGCUGGCCUGUGGAGUGCUGUGCAGCUGAGAUGCGAGAGGAAGAGCUGUGGCCCUCUUCCAGAAGUGGAUUAUAGUGAAGUUAUAUAUACAGACGGGACUCAAUUUGGUGAUACGGCUAAGGUUCAGUGUGACCCAGGUUACAAUGCAGUCGGAGGAUCAGCAGUACUCAGAUGUGAGGUGGAGGGAUGGAUGGGCAGGCUGCCAACUUGUGAAGGGGUUGAGUGUAAAGAUCCUGUGAUUGAAAAUGGUCAGUACGAGAGUGGUUCUCGGCCUCCACACAGACUCAAUGCUGUGGUGACAUACAGCUGUAAAGCUGGAUACACAAUGGAAGGACCAUCUACAGUGACGUGCAACUUAACCAGUCAGUGGUUCCCAUCGUUACCAAAAUGCAAAAUGAUUACCUACGUUCCAGUCGGGGGAUCAGCAGUACUCGGAUCUCAACAAUGCUCUAAACCCUUUGGAGGACCCAACAUGGAUUUGAAACCCGAUUACAUCACUCAGACAACAUUUGCAGAUGGAGCCACUGUUGCUUUUUCCUGUCAUCCUGGCUACACACCUGCUGGAGGAUCUUCAACCAUCACAUGCACUGCUGGCCACUGGAGUGCUGUGCAGCUGAGAUGCGAGAGGAAGAGCUGUGGCCCUCUUCCAGAAGUGGAUUAUGGUGAAGUUAUAUAUACAGACGGGACUCAAUUUGGUGAUACGGCUAAGGUUCAGUGUGACCCAGGUUACAAUGCAGUCGGAGGAUCAGCAGUACUCAGAUGUGAGGUGGAGGGAUGGAUGGGCAGGCUGCCAACUUGUGAAGGGGUUGAGUGUAAAGAUCCUGUGAUUGAAAAUAGUCAGUACGAGAGUGGUUCUCGGCCUCCACACAGACUCAAUGCUGUGGUGACAUACAGCUGUAAACCUGGAUACAAAAUGGAAGGACCAUCUACAGUGACAUGCAACUUAAACAGUCAGUGGUUCCCAUCGUUACCAAAAUGCAAAAGAGCAGUACUUAAGUACUUAAUGGACCAAGAGAAUUAACCUGCUCUGAAGACAGGAAUUUCUCCUCUGCCCCUCCAACCGGUGUCUGGGUUGAGUGUAAAGAUCCUGUGAUUGAAAAUGGUCAGUACGAGAGUGGUUCUCGGCCUCCACACAGACUCAAU